GCUUUUUCAUACUGUUUAAAUUGGCCGAAGGCAUGUUGGCAGCUCCCUGCCAUGUGCAGCCUUCCUUCCCUCUCUUCCUUUCUUUCUGUUCAGGUAAACAGUGAAGUGGAGUCAUAUCUGGUGUCAGGCCGCCACUCCCUCCAACGCUGCCUCAACGUGUUCUGCAAUAAUUAACCAGCUGAAGCUCACCUCCACAAACUGUACUCUGGACCUCAAACGCUCUCAUACGUGCACAUUGAAGACCUCAAACAUGGAGUGGAUUUAUUAAAGACUGGAACUCAGACUGGUCAGUCUUUGACCGGAGAUGAAUGAAGUUCUGCUCCCAGUGAUUCAGGCAGGAGAUGGGGAGAACGCUGUCCAGAGCAGAGUUCCUGUCCCUGCUGAACACCUAUAACUGCUUCCUGAAGGACCAGACCCAGCUUCACCUCAGCUGGUCUGUGGAUGUGUCUCUGUGACAGGAGGACGAUGGAGAGGUGGUGGUGGAGGGAUUCCUGAACAUCUCCUGGGGAGUACGCAGACCCAUCAGGCUGAAAAUCCAGGACGACAAACAGACGCUUCCCUUCGCUCCUCUGAUCUCUCCUGAUCCCAGCAGUCCAGUCAGCCCGCUGGGCAGCAAGAGGGGAAUGACUCGGUGGGGAGAAUACGCUGACCUCCACCAGAUAGAUGAGAUGGCUGAGACGGCUCAGGAAACGGUGGUCAAUAAGCCUCCUCCAGCUGUUUAUGAAUCCACCACCCUGCGUCCGUCCAGGCAGAAGAACCCGGAGCUGGAGGCCGAGUCCAACUUAUUCCGCUGCCUGAUGAGUGACGCCUCGCUGGUCAAAAGGAGAGGAAAAGGAAAGACAGCGGCUCAACGAGAGGGAAGAACACAGCAUCGCUUCUCUAUUAACGGACACUUAAACUAUAAAACCUCCAUCUUCACUCCAUCCCACGGUACUGCCAACUAAAGUCCGUAUCUCCAGCAGAUGACCACAAACCAAGUUAUUUCACAGCUUCUGAACAAGUUCAAGAUAGAAAACGACCCCCAGGAGUUUGCUCUUUAUUGCAUCCACCAGAGUGGAGAGAAGAGGAAGCUGAGUAACAGAGACCAGCCGCUGUGGGAGCGAAUCCUGCAGGGACCAUCUGACGACAUCAUGAAGAUCUUUCUGAUGGACAUAGACGAGGAGGAGGUCAGCACUGAUGUAGCUCAGUAUCUGAACCUGGAGCUUCCGAUCCUGGAGCAGGUUUUACUGAAACUCAGAGAGGAAGAGAACAGAGAGAUCCAGAGAGUCAUCUGCAAAUACCAACACCAGCACAGACUCCUGUCUCACAUACUGACCUGUAAACUGUCGCCUCAUGUGGAGACCAGCGUCUGACAGCAGAUCCUGGAGCAGAGAUCCACCUCAGAACCUAAAGGAAGGAAGAACAGCCGUGGAGAACGUUUUUCAUUAGUUUUUUACAUUCUUAAUGUUAUCACAAAGACUUGAGGGUGGAGGAUCUGGAGAAUAAAACAUUCCAACGGGCAUCACUGCAGAUAAACAACCAGAAAGUCCAGAAGAACCCAGCAGUCUGUAAGUCUGAACCCUGUAGAGUUUUUAUCCACAGUAAUUCAGUUUCCUUUGUUGCUUUAUUUUUUGUAAAAAAAAAAAAAAAAAAAAGGUAUAGGACUUGAUCGUAAGGUCUGUUGUCAAUAACUGUAAAUCAAUGUGAUCAGGAAUAAAUCUGGGACCAGCAGGA